AGCCGGGCGGCGCUGACGCUAAACGCCGUCGCCCAAGCAACGCCCCGCCGCGGCUCGGCCCUGGCCGAGCAGCUCCGGAAGCGGAAGUGGCGUAUGUGCCGCGGUGCAUUGUGGGGAGCGGCGGUUGCUGUGGAGGUGGAUCUGAAUGAAGCUGCCGCGGGGAAGGGGCUGCUGGAGCCGCUGAGUGGGGAGGAGCCGCGUCCGCAGCCCCCCGGCCCGGGUGUCAGCGCGAGCUCCGUCGGGCAGCGCCGCCAUGUCCUACAACAAGAUCCCGCCGCGCUGGCUGCGCUGCCCCAGGAGGGGGCAGCCGGUGGCAGGGAAGUUUUUGCCUUUGAAGACAAUGUUAGGACCAAGAUACGAUGAACAGGUUGCUGAAGAGAAUCGCUUCCAUCCCAGUAUGCUGUCCAACUAUUUAAAGAGUCUGAAGGUUAAAAUGGGUUUACUGGUGGACUUGACGAACACCACUAGAUUCUAUGAUAGGAAUGAUAUAGAAAAAGAGGGGAUCAAAUACAUUAAACUUCAGUGUAAAGGGCAUGGUGAGUGCCCUACACUUGAGAACACAGAAGCAUUUAUCCGCCUAUGUGAACAUUUUAGUGAAAAGAAUCCUUCAGAGCUUAUAGGUGUUCAUUGUACACAUGGGUUCAAUCGAACUGGUUUUCUUAUCUGUGCCUUUUUGGUCGAGAAGUUGGAUUGGAGUAUUGAAGCAGCAGUGGCUACUUUUGCCCAAGCCAGACCACCAGGUAUCUAUAAAGGGGACUAUUUGAAAGAACUAUUCCGUCGUUACGGAGAUGUAGAUGAUGCACCACCACCACCUGAGCUACCUGAAUGGUGCUUUGAUGAAGACGAUGAGGAGGAGGAGGAGGAGGAGGAUGUUAAAACAGGAGGUCAAGAAUCAGAACCUGGGUCUUCAAGUUCCUCUUUUGGCAAAAGGAGAAAAGAACACCUAAAACUGGGUGCUAUUUUCUUGGAAGGAGUGACAGUUAAACGUGUAACCCAAGUGACAACUCAACCAAAGUUAAGAGAAAUACAGCAAAAAUGUCAGCAAUUCUGUGGAUGGGAAGGGUCUGGAUUCCCUGGAGCACAGCCUAUUUCUAUGGACAAACAAAAUAUUAAACUUUUAGAGCAGAAGCCAUACAAAGUAAGCUGGAAAGCAGAUGGCACUCGGUAUAUGAUGAUGAUUGAUGGCAAGAAUGAAGUUUAUAUGAUUGACAGAGAUAACUCAGUGUUUCAUGUAUCUAACCUGGAGUUUCCAUUUCGUAAAGAUCUUCGCACACAUUUAACAAAUACUCUGUUGGAUGGGGAAAUGAUCAUUGACAAAGUAAAUGGACAAGUUGUUCCUCGGUACUUGAUAUAUGACAUUAUUAAAUUCAAUGGACAGCCAGUUGGAGAAUGUGAUUUUAACAUUCGACUAGCAUGUAUAGAAAAAGAGAUUAUAUUUCCACGGCAUGAAAAGAUGAAGAAUGGUCUUAUUGACAAAGCACAGGAACCAUUCAGUGUUCGAAACAAACCAUUUUUUGACAUCCACGCUGCAAGAAAGCUUCUUGAAGGAAGUUUUGCCAGAGAAGUCAGUCAUGAAGUAGAUGGACUGAUUUUUCAGCCUACAGGCAAAUACAAGCCUGGUCGAUGUGAUGAUAUUUUGAAAUGGAAGCCACCCAGUCUGAAUUCUGUUGAUUUUCGUCUAAAGAUAACAAGAAUUGGUGGAGAAGGAUUACUGACCCAGAAUGUUGGUCUUCUUUAUGUUGGAAGUUUUGACAGACCUUUUGCACAAAUUAAGGUGACAAGAGAACUGAAACAGUAUGACAAUAAAAUUAUAGAGUGCAAAUUUGAGAACAACAGCUGGGUCUUCAUGAGGCAGAGAAUAGACAAAAGCUUUCCAAAUGCUUACAACACUGCCCUAGCUGUAUGUAACAGCAUCCAAAAUCCAGUCACAAAGGAAAUGUUGUUUGAGUUCAUUGAUAGGUGUACAGCAGCUUCUCAAGGACAGAUGCAAAAACAUCACCUGGAUCCUGAUGCUGAACUCAUGCCCCCACCUCCUCCCAAAAGACCACGCACCAUAACCUAAGGCCACAGUCCGAAUGAAUAGCAUGUUGUUUACAAAUCUGCAGAAGGUGGAAUGAAAAUGUGUGUGGAUUAAAAAACAUUUGCAAAAAAGUCAUUCUAUGCAUCCUGUAAAUAUCUAGAUGCAUUUUUUUCAAAUGCCACAUCAUGAACCGACAUUCUUUUUGUAACUGGCAAAUUCAACCUUACUUUGUGGGAUUUGAAGAUUGAAAUAUCCAAAGGUUUAGACAAGAACAGUAUAGAAUCAGUGGAAAGCUGCCUUGUUUAUACAUGGAUAUCUUUCACCUUUAAUUUAUAAUGUUAGCAAUCUGGAACUGUGAAAAAACAUUGAAACACUGUACUUUUUAGAAUCUGUGUUUCAAAUAUAGUGGUGUUUCUUUUUCUUUCUUAUUAUUUAAUUAGUUCAAAUUUGUCACCCUUGGUAUAAUUUAUCUUAGUGUUCCUACAUUUCUGAGACUCAUGUUCAAGAACAAGCAGCAAUGUUGUUUGUGCACUGUUUUGGUUUAAAAAAACCUUAUUAGGUUUACUAAUUUUAAAAUUAGCUGGGUUUUUGUUAAAAUAUUAAAGAACUGAAUCUUUAUUGUUGUAAAUAGCAUCCUUUCUCAAGGAAAUGUGCUGGGUGGUCGUGGGGGUUUUGGUUUUGUUUUCAUUUCAUUAUUUGAAGUCACACACCUAAUGUCUGGUGGGUCAAUUUUAGCUCUGCAUUUUAAGUUUAUCUGUAGAUAAGGAACACACAUGAAAUCCUUAGUAUUAAGGUCUCUGUUUUGAGACAGUUUCUAAUGCAGGGUUUAGUUCUCCACAGUGAAGCCAUUAUAAAUAAUAUGUAAAGGUACACCUCACUGUGAUAUGCAAGAGUAAUACCCAGUACUAAUGAUGUUGUCUUAGAUCCAGGUGCAAAAUGGCAAAAGAAAUGCCAGACAACAUCUUUGAUGAGGAGGUAAUGCCAAUGGAAUAGAGCCCUGUCACAGGAAAAGGGCCUCCUGUUUUUAGAUAGAAGCAGGGAAAAGGCAAGAUAUUUAUUGGUGGAAAUUAACAUCCUGAAUACCAAGACGUUAAUUUUCAAAGCAGCAAUCAGUUGUCCUGUGACAGUAUUCUAAUCCGCUGACUUUAUUUCUGUUAUACCCAGUGAUGAAACAAAUAUCCUAAUGGCUCUUGCUGCAGUACAAUUGGAAGUUGUUCACUCAAUUAAGAUGGAAAAGCUGCAUUCUAACAGACACAUGGAGGCAUUGCUCAGUGUUUGAACUAACUGGAAACAAAAGUAAUUAUAAAAAUGCAGUUUUAAAGUUUUCUACACAGUUAAUAAACUGGUGUUUGGCUAUACCGUUAUUGAUAAGUAUAAGUAUAAAUAUGGGUGAUCCAUUCAUUCAACAGUCUGGUUAACUAACAUAAUUUCAUUUGAUAUAAUAAAUGAUCCAAAAUUGUUUAUAUUUAAAUGAGUUUUAAUGUUUGUAAAUAAAGUUAACUCAUGCAGUAUUUUUUUCUAUAUGGAAACUUUAGGGCUAUGCUUUGUGGGGGGCUCCUCCAAUUGUUUCAAUGUGUAUAAAUAUACACUGUAUCAUUCACAUGGUAAUCCUAAUGUGUCUUUCCUGGGAUACUACAUAGAUGUGUUAGGGCACUGAAGAGGUUUAAAAAGUUGCUUUUUUUACUGCAGUAAAACUUGAGGAAAAAGCGUGUUCAUCAAAGCUCAUGUUUCAACCAUACAUACUUUCCAGUUAUUAUCUUUAUAACAAAUAUAUCACCUAUGCAAGGUUGAAAAAUUAUCUCCCCAAAACAACCUUAUAAUUUCAUGUGAAAACCUAUGCAACCUCAAUUCAUCCUUCAUGGAAACACACAGUACAUUUAUUUUCCACGUAGUCUUUGUUGUAUUUUUCCCCAGACUUACAGCCGUACCAUUGAGUUAAGUCAUGACAUAUAUUUUAUCAACAAUCUCUAGUGCUGUUUAAAUAUCUAUGGUAAUUGCAACCUUUAACUGAGAAUGAGAUGUGUGAAAAGAGCAUUUUGUUUUAAAUAUUUAUCCAGAUUAUUUCCUCUCUUCCCCUUCCCACCCUCCACCUCUUUAUUUCAACAGAAUUUUAAAGUUUAUAAUUUGUCAUUUUCUUUAGUGCAUUGUAGCCUGCCCUCGACGUGCAUUCCACCCAGUUCAUGAAUGCAGUGUUCCCCUUUGCAUAUUUUGACACUACUGUUUUUUCCACUCAGUUUUUAAAAUUGAAAAAUAUUGAAGGAAUUGUAAAGACAUUCAGAGAUGUUCUGAUGGUUUGGGAGAUCUCUGCUCAGAUUUGACUUGAAGUUCUUCCUGCACUGCAGUUCUGUAGCCUUUGAAAGAGGCUGAUCAUCUUAGGUUUUCUGGACAAAGUUGGGUUUAAAAAAAAAAGGUACUGGGAAGGGAAGAAUAGAGUGAAGAAGCAGAUGAAAACAAUUGAAUUCCAUUUGGACCAGCUGUUUGUUUGUUUGUUUGUUUGUUUGUUUGUUUGUGUUUGUAGUAUGAGACCCUGCUCUCUGCUACUGGAUAUUCUGAGAUAGGAGUCAAGGGGGAAAGGAAAAGCCUGUGCCAAAAAAUCUGAGAAAAACUCAACUGUCUGCUCUUAGGAUAUAGAGUAUAAACCCAUCCUCUAAGUUGUUAUUUGUUAAAUAGUACAUGUACAGUUACGUUCUGUUUUCAGUGGAGUUCUCUGAAAAUGUCAGUACGUUCCUCUGCAAACUCUGUAUUAAGUAUUUUAAUAAAGUCAAUGGUUUAAAAGAA